AUGAUCUCCAGAAGACGUGGCAUCCAAAUCGCAAGAUUCUUCAUAUUUUUAGUGUGUUUCGAAGCUACCAUCGCUAUCACUUGUUACGAUUGUCACUCAGAUCAAGGAACUUGUAAUGAUGGAGAAUGUGAAGGUGUCGUUUGUAUCAAGAUGGAAACGGCGAACAAGGCCGAUGGUGAGACUGAAAUCGGUCGAAAAAGGCCACUCGACUAUCGUCGAACAAUUCACAAAACAUGUGGUGAUGAGGCGGAGGAAAUGUCAUGUCAACAGUCGGCAUUUGGUAGUAAAUGGAUGAGUCGAUGUGUAUGUGAUACACCAUUUUGUAAUGGAGAUCAGGCCCUGAUCGACUCUGGUCUCGAACCAUCUUCAGCAGCUCCACCAGCCGCUCACUAUACUCAGUUCGCCCUACUCGUUGCUAUAUGUGUAUUCGUUGGAGCAAGUUGUUCACUCAUUUUGAUUGCUACUAUUUGUGUUCAGUUUUGUUAG